CUCAGCCUCAGAUGGUGUGAAGAGAGAAGACUGGACAUUACGAGACUAAGAGAGAUCCAGAGUCUCCCGGAUCUGUUGCCAAACCCAGAGUGCAAGGCUUUCAGCUGGUCUUCUUGCCACAGAUGAUCAAGAUUCUUAGCAUGAUAUUUUUGUUCUUCAUUGCGCUAGCUGAUGGAAACGCAAUCGGACACCAGCCGGAGAGAGGUAUUGCUUCUUGUUUGCGGACGACGGUUCUCGUCGACACGAGUUGUCCCUGCAAUGAAACUUGGUGCCACGAGCUGGAAAAAGAGAUCGCUGGACACGCGGCAGAAAAUAUGACCGGUUUCUGUAUGCCCAUAUAUGAUGCAGGUCUCUGUUAUCGCAUGUUCACCAGGCAAAACUCAAGCCAGGAAAGAUGUGGCUGUUGCAUUAUAAAAACUCGUAUGUUAUGCAGCAGCAGUAACACUGGUGAGGACUUCACUUCUGCCGGACUGCGAGAAGUCCAGGAGGGGCUGGCGUGUGGAGAGCAUAACAUUACUUCGCCGCGAUACUUCACUUCACCUGGAUUUCCGCUGGAGAAAUACCCCAACAAAUAUUACUGUUGGAGGAGAUUUAGAGCUUGUUCGCCAGAUUACACAAUCCAGGUGGACUGCUCGAUUAUUCAUCUACGAAGAGACAAGAACUGUCGGGUAGAUUUUCUUCAAUUUAAAGAUGGACAUAACUUGAAAGAGAGGUUCUGUGGGCUGUUGCAUAACGUAACGAAGGUGAGUGAGACCGGCAAAAUGGAUGUAUUAUUUGAUACCAACAGAAGAAAGAAGCAAGUGGGAUUUAACUGCACUGUCACUGCUAUCGAGCUGCCGUGUCCCGAGCCGUUCAUCAAGGUCGGAUCCGAGUGCUUCCACUUGAGCGACUCCGGGCGUGUUUUCGACGAGGCCCGCGCCUUCUGCCUCGGCCUCGGGGGGGACCUCGCCUCACCGGCCGAUGUUCCCGCCCUCAGGGAUUAUGUCAUCGAUAAGGGCCAGACGCUGGCCGUGUGGCUCGGCGCCUCCGACCGGGACAUCGAGGGCGACUGGCAGUGGUUCGACGGGUCUCCGAUCAAGGCCGAGGACUGGUACUGGAAUGCCCCGAACAAUGGCUUCGGCUUGGAACACUGCAUGGUGCUCCGGCCCGACUUUGACCCACCUCUCAAUGAUGCAGAGUGUGAUCGUCCUAAGAAGUUUGUGUGCGAGUAUGAUUUACUGAAAGGGUAAAGUGAUCAUUAUGGUGACUGCCAUUUCUUUCUUGAUUUAGUGUUACUAUACAUAUACAUAUUGAUUUUGUAUAGACCCGCACAAACCUUUCACGAAACACAAACUCUCCUUUUCACCAGUUGUUAGGAGGAAAGUUUACUCACUGGUAACGUUCUCUUUACACAAAAUAAUUCACAUAUUGAUUAUUGUUAAACUAAUUUGUUAGGGUGAAGCAUAAGUUAACAGGAUUUCAAUAAUUAUGUCAUAGCUUCUUUAUUGCGGCGGCUUCACGUCUGCAAAGACCUGUCCUCCGGCUCUUUGGCCAAGCAUUCGUUGUUCAAAUUUAUGCUCUUGCCAAGAUGUGUUUGGUGAGUUUCUGUCCAAUAAAGUGUUCUUAUAUUUUCAAAUCAUGGUAAAUUUGUAGUUUAUGAUUUAGAUAAUCACAGCUAUAAUAUAUAUAAUUAACGACUUAUACACGUAUGUGACCAUUCCGAAUAAAAUAUAUACGUAAGGCACGUUUUUUUUAACAGAUAGUCACAGUUGUCACGAAAGGAGGGACGGUAUAAUCUAUGGCUUUAGGAGAAAAAUAAUACGAUGGGACUAAGAAAAGUACACUUUGUUAAACAUGCUGAAUUAUCAAAGGCAAAAGGGCAAUGGCAUAAUGAUUAUUCUGACCUCUCGACAUAAGGCCGUACAGGCUAUACAAGACAGCACUCCUAAGUGUACCAAUUCCAUGCGCCCUGUUAUCCUAAAUUCUGGACGUUGUCCUUUCUCUUCCGUGAACCCCUUGACCAAUAUUUUUACGCCGCUGAAAGUAGCACAGAACCUUUAAGAAUAUUCUACCAUACUAACGAAUUAAUGGAAAGAAAAAUAGCAAUUUUUAGGCUCUUCCAGAUCUAUUUAUUAUUCUUUUAUUAUUAUUAUUCUCUGCCCAUUAACUUUCUCUGGUCUUUCUUUCAAAUUCUGUAUGAUCAUUCUUACUAGUUUUCCAAAUAGAUCGAAGAUUUUAGAAUUUAGCUGACCACAGUGGUGAGGAUCUCUCUCUCUCUCUCUCUCUCUCAUUAUUUUGUUGAACAUUUUUUCUUUGCUCCUUCGAAUCACGUGGUGUGCCAUAGGCAAGCACUCUGCGCGCCAACUCUGGCACACGUGCCAAAGGUUGCCGACCCGUAAUCUACAGUGAUUGUUAUUUCAUAGGUAUAAUUACAAAUACAAAGCACACUCACUCCUUCAUUACACUUGGACGGACUGUGAGGCCGCUCCAGAGGAAGUAAACGGCGCCCUUCUUGAGUCCUACGCAGUGUCUCUGUUUACUGUCGACCGUUUUCAGUUUGUCUUUUUUUAAACAAAAUAAUGUAGCGGGUAUUCAAGUAGCAAUUGUUUGUAAAGUGGGAGAAUUCAUUUUCUCGAAGGUGCACGCACCUAUGGCCACUGGAAUGUGAUGCCUAAUAAUCUGCAUGGCCAAUUUUUUAGCCAAACAUUUAUUACUGGACUAAAAUUCUGCACAUAUAUUUUCAUGUUCGUGUUUCAAUGCUCUAUGACAGCUUUAUCUCUUCGCCGUCGUGGAUUCUGAAUAUCGUCGUAGGUCUAUUGAAAAUUUAAAGAAAGAAGACUUUACACUUAAGAAAAGCCAUUCUACCCAUUUUAUUAAUUAUCAUAGGUGUGUAGACCUUCGACAAAAUGAAUUUACCACUUUACAAACAGACAAUUAGCUAAGGCCAUAAAGUUACAUUUUCAUUUAUCAUUGAUAUAUUAGCCUGACACGUUUUGAAUAAGAGUCGAAUAGUAGGGUCAAUAAGGAAAUGUUUAUUCUAUAUGGCUGUUUAUAUUUAUGUCUAUAUGUGUGUCAUAAUCAAGAUGUUGAUUAAUCUGUAAAUCACACCUAUUACGAUUUUUAGGUAUCACUGGCACCACCAGUUCUUUCUGUGGGUAAAAUUGGAAACCACUUAAAGAGUAACCACUAUGUGAAUUAAAUGUAUGAUAUUCAUCUCAGAAUUUGU